GCAGUGCAGUUGCACUGUGUUAUUGUUGAGAAAUUGUUGUUAGAAAACUAUUUAAGUAAUAGUUACGAAGGUUAAGAUUGAUAAGUUAAAAUUUAGUAAGUUAACAUUUAAUACACAACAUUUAGAUCAACAGUUCAUGUUACAGAUACAUAUAUGUGGUUAAAACAUUGUGUCAUUUUGAUUUGUGAAUGGACUUCAUUACCCAGGAUGCAUUGAGCAAUGGUAAAGGUCAUGUGAUUCACGGGAGGGUUUGUGAUUGGUUCUGUGAAUGCUGCAAUGGCCAUCUUGUGAACGAUUUGCUGAACAAGCACACGCUGUAUUUAUUUUUACUUUCGCUUCCUUUUUUUUCCAUUAAACGUAGAAAACGAAGCAACGUCUCACUUUGUUAUUCGUAGUUUCUAAGACGAUAAAUGUACAACAAUUUUUGGUGCCGAAACCCGGGAAUCAGAAGACUAUGAGUGACGAAGAGCGACAGACCGGUGUGGAACAAUAUGAACGGUCCAAAAGAAAGCGUCGGACGAUACGGAGUUCCACAACGAGACUGCUGAACCAGAUGGACGUUGAAUUAUUAAAGGAAGACAAGGAUAUCGAUCGUGUGCGGGACAUGUUAGCCGUGUUGUCAGCAAAGGAGGACAGUUUGCGCGAGCUGGACAGCAUAGUGGAGAAACACACUUCGCUGGAGGACGUGGAGGCGGAGAUUGAACUCGCAGAGGAAUACAGAGACCGCGUCAUCGAGAUGAAAGCGCGAGCUCACCGAGUGAUUCGAGGAAAUGAAACUAUGAUGCCAGACGACAUGGCUCUUGAAUACAGCCGUCACAGAGGGGAUGAUGAUGAAUGGAAUGUGCCUAAUGUGUUGAAGUUCCUGCAGAAAGAGGUUCAGAGCCGAGAGAGAACUUUACAAAUGAUGAAAUCAUACAACCAGAGAGAAAACCAGUCUGCUAACAAAACAUGCAGCAAAUCAUAUUCAGCCAAUGAUGUGAAAUCAAAGAAACCAAGCAUGCCAUCUGCAGCUGCACUACACAUUGCUGACCAGAAAACGCAAAACUGUCUGUUCUGUGAUAGCACUGAACACAAAUCUGAACAAUGUCCAGACCACCCGGUGUCAGCACGUAAGGAAAAACUGAAGAAGCUUGGCAGGUGCUUUGUGUGUCUGGGGACCAAACACAUCGCCAGGUUUUGCAGGUCAAAGUGCAGGUCAUGUGCCACAUGUGGAGGCAGGCAUCAUGCAGCCAUUUGUGAGAAAAUUGAAACAUCUCCACCUGCUGCAGCUGCUAACAUUGACACUGUUAUUUCCUCAGUAAUUCCCCAAGCAGAAAAAUGCAAACCUGACAUUGAGAACACUGUGCUGCUACAAACUGCCAAAGCAUGGGUUGUAGGACCCACCAGCAGGAAGAUGGUCCGCUGCUUGUUAGAUGGAGGCAGUCAGGGGAGUUUUGUGCAUGAGAAUGUGGUGAAGGCGCUGCAGCUACCUGUUACUAGACAAGGGACACUUACUCUUCACACAUUUGGCUCCUCUGCUCCAACAACGGUGAGUCGCAACAUAGUGAAGCUCAGUUUGGAGAAUGUAUGGGAUAAUCGGCAGGGAAUUGAAAUCGAGGCAGUUGUCACCCCCAAAGUGUGCACUGCGCUGAUGAAAGUGCCUGGUGAACGUAUACAAAUGGAAAUGAAAACCAGAGGUCUUCAACUAGCGGAUUGUGCUGGAGAUGAUAAAACGGAGCUUGCUGUGCUAAUCGGAUCUGAUUAUUACUGGCAGAUAGUAUCAGGCAGAGUAGAGAGACUGACAAAGAGCCUAGUGGCAUUGGAGAGCAUUUUUGGAUGGGCAGUGCAAGGCCCAGUAGCAGUGUCCAGCAUGACAGAGACAACCUGCAUGCAUAUUCAGCUCAGCGAGGAAGCACAGAUUGAUAAACAGCUGCAUACAUUCUGGGAGCUUGAGUCCCUGGGCAUCAUAAAUGAGAAAUAUGAGAGCCCAGAGGAUGUAGAAGCAUUGCAGCGGUUCGAGGAAACCUCCAUCUUCAAGGAUGGGCGUUACCAAGUGGAGUUGCCAUGGCGACAACAUCAUCCUCCACUUCAAGACAAUUACCGCAUCGCAAAAAAAAGAUUGGAGAGUUUGAAAAGGAAACUAAGCAAGGAUGUCACACUGUACAGCAGAUACAAUGAAGUUGUGGAGGACUAUUUAAACCAAGGAAUGGCUGAGGAUGUGCCAAGGGAGCAUGCAUCACCACCAGGCAGUCAGAUAUAUUACUUACCUCAUCACGCUGUAUUGAGAGAGGAUAAGGCAACAACGAAACUGCGGGUUGUGUUUGAUGCGUCAUCCCACGAAGACAGAAGUCCCUCACUAAAUGACUGUCUUUUAACAGGUCCCAAUCUGAAUCCCGAUCUGAUGAGUAUUUUGAUCAAAUUUAGACUGCAUGAAAUUGCAUAUAUGGCAGAUAUCAAGAAAGCAUUUCUGCAGAUAUCACUCUCAGAAAGAGAUCGGGACGCUGUAAGAUUUCUGUGGUUCACUGGACCACCCACAGAGGAGAAGGAUGUGACGCUGCGCUUGCUCAGAAUGACGAGAGUGGUGUUUGGAGCUUCAUCAAGCCCAUUCUUACUUGCAGCCACCAUAAGGAAGCAUUUAAGACAGUACGAGCUCGAACACCCACAAGUGGUAGAAGCCCUCAGCUCCUCACUCUACGUCGAUGAUUUCAUUUCAAGUGCAAGUGGGGUGACAGAGGCACAUACAGUGACGACAACAGCCAGGAACAUUAUGUCUGCUGCAGGCAUGGAGCUAUGUAAAUGGCUGACAAACUCUCCUGAGCUGAAAGAAAAAUGGCAGCAAGGCUUGAUGGAUUGUGCUGUGCAUCCAGAGUCACACGUGUCUGUGCUGAAGGUGCUGGGUAUGGUGUGGAGACCAGCCACUGAUGACUUUGUGUUCGACCUCAGGGGGCUGCUUGAUAUUUUGAAAGAAAGAGAAAACACAAAACGAAGUGUUCUGCAGUCUUCUGCUCGUAUUUUUGACCCUUUAGGAUUCCUGACUCCUUUCACCAUCAGGAUUAAGUGCUUGUUCCAAGAGAUGUGGGAGAGAGGGAUCAAGUGGGACGAGAAAUUGCCACUUGAUCUGACGAAGAAAUGGCAACAGUGGUGCUCUGAGCUCCCUCAACUGCAUCAGCUCUCAAUUCCACGAUGGUACCAAACACACAUACCACGGCAGGGUGGUCAAGGGUUGAAGCUACAUGUGUUCUGUGACUCGAGUGAAAGGGCGUACAGUGCAGUCGCUUAUCUUCAAGGAGAAACAAAAGAAGGAGAAGUGACCGCAAGCCUGGUUGCAUCUAAGUCCAGAGUGGCUCCACUCAAAAGGAUGACACUGCCACGCCUGGAGCUAAUGGGUGCUGUAAUAGCAGCCAGGCUGGGGAACACCCUCAUGAAAGCACUGCAACUAGACAAGACGCAACUCAGACUAUGGACAGACUCAAUGAUAGUGCUGCAUUGGAUUUGUGGUUCUGCUCAUAAGUGGAAACAGUUUGUAGCAAAUAGAGUCACGGAAAUCCAGUCUCUAACUGAUCCACAGUCAUGGUCUCACUGCAAAGGGAAAAUAAAUCCAGCUGAUCUUCCUACCAGAGGUCUAACUGUGCAGGACCUGAAGCAGAGCACAUUGUGGUGGAAUGGUCCUUGUGUUCGGAUGUCAACUGAUCAGUUAGAGAGCACUCUGGAAGAUGUUCAAGAAGAUGAGGUAAAGUCUGAACUCAGAUCCAAAUACCAGAUUGCUGUACAGCUUGUUAAGCAAGACCAAGACUUCUUAAGCCCUGUUUUAUGUCUGGAGAAGUACAGCAAACUAAAAACAGUGCUCCGGGUAACAGCCUGGAUAAAGAGGUUUAUCACCAACACCCGCUCAAGCAUAAACAUCAGUGGUGAACUGACGGCAGAAGAGCUGAAUGAAGCAAAUAAAAACUGGAUUAAGGUGAUUCAGAACCAGAGUUUCAGCUCUGAAAUUGAUCUGCUGAAAGCAGGGAAAUGUCCCAACACUGACUCCAGAAUCCGAGAGCUAAAACCAUUUCUGGACGAGGAUGAGCUGCUCAGUGUGGGAGGAAGGCUCCAGCAUUCUGAUCUCUCUUACAGAGAAAAGCACCCAUGGAUUUUGCCCAACAAUCACCGAUACACAGAAAUGUUGGUGCAGUAUGAACAUGAAAAGAUAAUGCAUGCAGGUGUACGAGACACUUUAGUACAGACAAGAGAGAAGUAUUGGAUAUUGAGGGGACGGCAGGUAGUGAAGAAGGUUGUGUCCAGAUGUGUAAUCUGCAAGAGAUUUAAAGCAAAGGCUGGACAGCAGACUACCGCGCCACUGCCAAGAGACAGGAUAACAGAGUCACCGCCAUUUGAGAUCACUGGUGUGGACUUCGCAGGGCCACUCUAUGUCAAGACACAGAACGUUAUGACAAAGGCGUAUAUAGCACUGUUUACUUGCGCUGUAACAAGAGCAGUGCACUUAGAGCUGGUCUCAGAUAUGUCCACAGAGAACUUCCUGUUAGCGUUGAAAAGAUUCAUCUCAAGAAGAGGAUUAUGCAAGGUGAUUUAUUCAGAUAAUGCCAAGACGUUCAAGAGAGCUGAUCAAGAUUUGAAGGAGCUUUGGAAAGGCAUUAAAGAUCCACGGCUACAGGAGUUCUUCUCAGAGAAAGGCAUCACCUGGCGGUUCAUCGCUGAAAGAGCAGCCUGGUGGGGCGGAUUCUGGGAGCGGCUGGUUAGGUCAGUCAAGGUUAUUCUCAGAAAGGUGCUGGGCAGAGCUAAACUCAAUUUUGAAGAAAUGUGCACCAUUCUGAUUGAAGCUGAAGCCAUAAUAAACUCGAGGCCGCUCACUUAUGUGCACAAUGAGGUGGAUGAGCCAGAACCACUGACACCUGCUCAUUUCUUGGUGGGUCAGAGACUGACCUGCUUGCCUCCUAAACCAUGUGCAGUGGAGACUAACCAUCCAACAGCGAACAAGGAGGAGAUGAACAGAAGGUGGCGUUACAGGCAAAGACUUAUGAAUAACAUCUGGAACCGAUGGCGGGGAGAGUAUUUGCUGAAUCUGAAGUCGGCUCAUCGCUGCGACACCCCACAAUCUUCUUUGCUGAAAGUCGGAGAUGUUGCGCUCAUCGGAGAAGAUAAUACCCCAAGACAGAGCUGGAGGCUAGGAAGAAUUGAGGAACUGUUUCCAGGUCGUGAUGGUCUUGUGAGGUCAUGUGCAGUUCGCACAAGUUCAGGGACUGUUCUGCGGAGACCCAUCCAGCUUUUGUAUCCUUUGGAAAUCAUAUAAACUGUGGUUUAUGGGGGGGAGGAUGUUGAGAAAUUGUUGUUAGAAAACUAUUUAAGUAAUAGUUACGAAGGUUAAGAUUGAUAAGUUAAAAUUUAGUAAGUUAACAUUUAAUACACAACAUUUAGAUCAACAGUUCAUGUUACAGAUACAUAUAUGUGGUUAAAACAUUGUGUCAUUUUGAUUUGUGAAUGGACUUCAUUACCCAGGAUGCAUUGAGCAAUGGUAAAGGUCAUGUGAUUCACGGGAGGGUUUGUGAUUGGUUCUGUGAAUGCUGCAAUGGCCAUCUUGUGAACGAUUUGCUGAACAAGCACACGCUGUAUUUAUUUUUACUUUCGCUUCCUUUUUUUUCCAUUAAACGUAGAAAACGAAGCAACGUCUCACUUUGUUAUUCGUAGUUUCUAAGACGAUAAAUGUACAACAGUUAUUGA